AUGACGAGAGAUGCUCAGUAUGUUACUGAGCCCAUCGCAAUCGUUGGUAGUGCCUGCAGGUUCCCAGGUAAUGCAAACACGCCUGAGAAGUUGUGGGGUCUUCUUAAGAAGCCCCGGGAUGUCUUGAGAGAAAUACCUCCCGAUCGAUUCAACGUCGACAAAUUUUAUCACCCAGACGCCGCUCACCAUGGAACGUCAAACGUCCGCCAUUCCUACAUACUAUCAGAAGACCAUCGCUUGUUCGACGCCCAGUUCUUUGGGACCAAGCCAGUAGAAGCAAUUUCGAUUGAUCCACAGCAGCGCAUGUUGCUAGAGACCGUCUAUGAGGGCCUGGAGGCAGCCGGAAUGCCGAUAGAGAAGCUACAAGGCUCAAAUACUGGUGUAUAUGUAGGACUGAUGACGAACGAUUACACAGAUAUCGUGGGUCGAGACAUCCAGAAAUACCCAACAUACUUUGCAUCAGAGUUGCAGUUGCGGCCGGGACAAAUCUUCUCCUCAGGACCUGAGCAGUACGUUGCCGAGAGCAAGUUAAAAAUGUUGUCACCGACUGGCCGCUCAAAAAUGUGGGACCGGGAUGCGGAUGGAUAUGCCCGGGGUGAUGGAAUCGCAGUUGUGGUUGUAAAAUCACUGGCUGCUGCGCUAGCCGACGGUGAUCACAUCGAAUGCAUAAUUCGCGAAUCAGGAAUAAAUCAAGACGGGCAUACGAAAGGGAUUACGAUGCCCAACCCCGUAGCACAGGCAGAACUCAUUCGCUCCACCUAUGAAAGAGCGGGUCUAGAUUUAUCGCGGCCUAGCGACCGGCCGCAGUACUUUGAGGCCCACGGAACUGGAACUCCGGCAGGGGAUCCAGUCGAAGCAGAGGCUAUCAGUACAGCAUUCUUUGGAGAGAAAGCUGGAUACACACGAGACCUUGAUGGAGGGCCACCUUUGUUUGUGGGAUCCAUCAAGACAGUGAUUGGGCAUACUGAAGGCACAGCUGGAUUGGCCGCUAUUUUAAAGACUUCGCUGGCUCUACAAAACGCAAAAGUCCCUCCAAACAUGCUAUUCAAUCGGUUGAAUCCUGCUAUUUUGCCGUUUUACAACGACCUAGAGAUUGUCACGGAGGCGCAAGAGUGGCCAGGAUUGCCGAGCUCCACAACCCGUCGUGCAAGUGUGAACAGUUUUGGAUUUGGAGGAGCAAAUGCACAUGCUAUCCUUGAAUCAUACAACAGGACUACAAGUAUUGGCAGUUGUUUGAUAAACGCUAGGCAUCUUGUGCCUUUUAACUUCUCUGCUAACUCUUCAAAAUCGCUUUUUGCAAGUCUUGCUGCACAUUCCGCAUAUUUGAAUACAGAGGAUGGUAUUAGUCUCAGAGAUCUAGCAUGGACUCUGAACUCUCGCCGCUCAACCCUACCAAUUCGAAUUUCAAUUGCAGCAUCCGAUAAGGAAGAUCUGACGAAGAAGCUGGAAGCCAUUGUCAGAUCACCACCAAACUCGAGCCCUUCGGCACCAAAUACGAUUUCCGAACAGCCCAAAUUCCUCGGUGUAUUUACAGGACAGGGAGCCCAAUGGGUUCAAAUGGGAGCUGAGCUGCUCGACAGUUGCCCACUCGCAAUCCAAUGCAUCACUAAUCUCGAUAUGGCACUGCAAGCCAUCUCUGAGUCAGAUCGUCCAGACUGGUUAUUGAAAGAGGAGAUAAUGAAAGACAGUCUCUCAUCUCGUAUCGGUGAAGCGCUUUUCUCGCAAACAAUCUGCACUGCCGUUCAGGUAAUGCUGGUUGAUCUCAUUCAAGCUGCAGGUAUUCAUUUUGAUACCGUUGUCGGCCAUUCGUCUGGCGAGAUUGCUGCGGCAUAUGCGGCCGGAUAUAUCUCCGCAAGUGAUGCAAUCAGAAUAGCCUACUAUCGGGGCUUGUCUUUACAAUACGCUCAGCGUGACGGUGGAAAUCGAGGUAUUGGUGCAAUGAUGGUGGCUGGAACUUCCUUUGAAGACGCCCAUGAGCUCUGCGAGAUGCCAACCCUCAAAAGCCGCAUUUGUAUUGCUGCUAGCAACUCAUCAGACAGCAUCACUCUUUCGGGUGAUAUCGACGCGGUGAAUGAAGUGAUCGACAUAUUCGAGGAUGAAGGGAAAUUCAGUAGGCUGCUUAAGGUGGACAAAGCUUACCAUUCACAUCACAUGCUACCUUGUGCCACGCCAUAUAUGGAGAACUUGAAAAGGUCCGCUAUUUCUCCUUGCCGCAUAUCCGAGCGUCGGACCACGUGGAUAUCAAGUGUGUACGCCCUGGAUAUUACCCACGUGAAAGACGAAAUCUCAAGCACGUAUUGGAGUAACAAUAUGAUCAAACCGGUUCUUUACUCUCAGGCUAUUAGCUUUGCCACUGGUGCAAAGGGUCCUUUUGACAUGGUCCUCGAGAUUGGCCCACACCCAGCACUAAAGGAGCCUACACUACAGACUAUCUCGGAGGUUUCAGGCCAGGGAGUUCCAUAUUCAGCAACGCUAAUCCGUGGAACUUCAGGCACCGAAGCAUUUGCCUCUAUGCUCGGAGCUGUCUGGUGUGCACUAGGAAGUGGGGUCAUAGACUACCAACACUUCGACAGUGAGACCACACCCGGAAACUCCCCACCCAAGCUGUUGAAGAAUCUCCCAACUUAUCAAUGGGACCACGACCGGGUAUACUGGCACGAGUCACGUUCUUCAGCUGUCUUCAGAACUGGAGCUGGAAAGUUCCAUCCACUUCUCGGCACCAAAUGUCCAGAUGGGACAACGAAAGAAAUCCGCUGGCGAAACUACCUUUACCCGCGUGAGAUCUCAUGGCUUGCACAUCACCAAGUGCAAGGUCAAAUGGUUUUCCCAGCUGCAGGAUAUAUCACAGCUGCAACAGAACUAAUUGCGGAUCAAUAUGGUAUUGACUCGAUCCAAAUGAUUGACUUCCAGGACGUCAUCAUCGGACAGGCGUUAACAUUCGAAGAAGGGUCUGGGACUGAGGUUAUUUUCGCAUUCACCAUCACAAGCAGCCAGGAUAACACCAUUACAGCUGUUUUCAACUGUUAUUCAGAGAGUAACAGAGGCACUUUGUCUCCAGUCCUUCAUGCGUCUGCCGGAGCGCUGAUAAUGUUGGGCGAGGUCAAACAUGACUCCCUUCCGCCCGUAAGGAAAUGCACAGAUUCCUUUCUCGAGCUUGAAGCAAAGCGAUUCUACGAUCAUGUGACGGAAAUAGGGUUUGGGUAUACUGGUCCAUUUGUUGCACUUUCUGAGCUUACCAGGAGAAUGGACAAGGCCACCGGUAUAAUUGCUGUGCCAGACGAGGGCAAUAUUAAUCCACCCUUCAUAAUCCAUCCUGCGUCUUUAGACGGAGCCAUUCAGUCCAUUAUGUUGGCGUAUUCGUUCCCCGGAGACGGUCGCUUGAAUAGCCUCCAUCUACCAACGAGUAUCGAUCACAUUAGAGUCGACCCAUCUUCUUUCAGGAGCACGGCCGUGCCUGGGUCCAGACUACCAUUCUACUCCUCGGUUGCAGAGGGGAAGUUCUCCGAGCUCUCGGGUGAUGUGGAGAUAUAUUCGCCAGAUUCCAGAUCUACGAUUUUACAACUGGAAGGGUUGCAUACCACCCCUCUAGCUCCAUUGUCGCCUGCCACUGACACCCCACUGUUUACCGAAAUUACUUGGGCACCAGAAAGGCCCUCUGUCUACGAUUUGCCAAGUGCUCCCGAACCGGGUUCUCAAGAUUACAAUAUAUCGCUCGAUCUAGAACGUGUUGCAUUAUUCUAUCUAAAACAGCUCGCUGUUCAAUCCGAGUCAAUUCCUCGUAUAUCCGGGAAACUUCAUAGCCUUGUGUCUUACGCAAAGCAUUGUGUUACACAGGUUGAGUCAUGUGAGCAUCUAUUUGCACAAUCUCAAUGGUCCAAUGAUACGACAAAAGAUAUAGACACCAUUGCGAAGGGAAACGCUGCUGUCGGAAAUAUCAAUUUUCAGGCCUUGCAUAAAUUUGCCGAAAAUAUCCCAUCCAUCCUCUGUGGUAAAGUCGAUGCCUUGGAGGUUCUCAUGGAGGAUCACUUGCCAAGUCAAUUAUACACCGGGACUUUUGGGUUUCAAUUUUAUCUACGACAGUUGGGCAGAAUCGCUGGACAGAUCAGCAACCGCUUCCCACACAUCAAUAUACUGGAGCUCGGUUCCGGCACGGGACAGGCCGCAAAUUCUGUUCUCUCAGAAUUAGGCACCGCGUUUUCUUCUUACACGUAUACAAGUGCUACGGACUUUCUAUUGGAUACUGCACGGACAGAGGUUUCCGGGGAUCGUACAAAAUUGAUUUUUAAGGUGCUUGAGGUUGAACAAGAUAUCAUCGCUCAGGGAUUUUCCGAGAAUCAGUACGAUCUAGUCAUUGCUUCUCUAUCCCUCUACCCCACAAGGGAUGUGGAAGCGACUUUGUUCAAAAUCCGUCGUUUAAUCAAACCUGGUGGUUACUUGAUUCUUCUGGAAGUAACAAAUCACAACUCCAUGCACGUUGGACUUAUUCUUGGCUGUCUUUCAGGAUGGUUCCCCAACAGAACAAAUGAACAAAACCUCUCGUCGUGUCUCUCUGUUGAAAGAUGGAGAUACUUCAUGGAUAGGACUGGUUUUUCGAACACAGAUAUUGUUUUGCAACACCCAGGUCACUCCCCAACACCGUUCUCUCUAAUGCUUACCCAGGCAGUCGAUGACCGUGUGAAUUUCUUGCGUGAUCCCCUUGCGAAUUCUCUACAUUCCUUUUCUUCGCAGUCUCUAACCAUAAUCGGUGGGAACUCAGCCCAAACAGCCACAUUGAUUGCCGAUAUCGAGUGCAUGGUGACCCCAUACUUUGGUAUCGUGAACAUAUCCACUUCUCUUACCGAUUUGACGCAAGGAUAUCUUACCCCUAUGGGCACGGUAUUGAGUUUGACUGAAUUGGAUGAGCCAACAUUUGUGUCGAUGACGCCAGAGAAGUUGAGAGCCUGUCAAGAGCUGUUCAAGCAAAGUAAAAAUAUCAUCUGGGUUGGAGAAGGCGCACAGGGGAGUAAUCCAUUUUCAAACAUGUUUGUCGGCAUCCAGCGAACAUUGGUAACAGAAAUGGACCACCUUAGGGUGCAGUUUCUCAACCUGGAUUCAAUGGUUGAAGCUCAAGGAGUUGAGAUUACGAAGCGACUGUUACAGUUCAUGGCGGGAGACCAGUGGGAUCUAAUGAUACAGGCAAAAGAGUUACUCUGGUACACUGAACCAGAAUUACACCUGAAGAAGGGAAGAUCUUUCAUCCCACGACUAAAGUUGAGUCACGAUCGAAAUGAACGAUACAAUUCUGGGAAAAGAUUAAUAGUCAAAACCGUUCCAUGGAUCGAAUCGACAAUUUCUAUUGUCCCCUCCGAGAAUGGGUACCAGGUUUUCGAGUGUGGUGAAGACUCAUCACUAUUUCUCCCUCGAGGGAAGGUUCAAGUCACUAGUGCGCUGCUCAGACCAGUUGAGAUGGGUCUGAAUCGGUAUUUCUUCCUUAUCGCAGGCAGAGAGGUCGAUGGUGGUAAUCGGGUUAUUGGAUUCUCUGAUAGCUUGAAAUCUUGCAUAGGCCUGCCUUUAUCCAGUAUGAUGAGAUGCGGCCAGUCCGAAAAGGAGGCGCUGAGUUGGAUGUUAAAGGUCUACAUAAAUCUUCUUGCUCAGUCUGCAAUUAGGAAGGUCCCACCUGGAAAGUCCCUCGCUGUCCUUGACCCCGAUUUUUCGAUUUUAGCAGCAUUGAAACACUAUGCGACUCAAAUGAAUGUACAGCUGGCUCUUAUAACUAGCAAUGACCCAUCAGCCCCAUCGCCAUGGAUCUAUAUUCAUCCUCUUUCAACACGCCGGGUAUUACAUAGCAGUAUUCCGCCUCAAGUUACUCACUUUUUUGACGCAGAGUUAGGUAGAAGAACGCCCUCCAUUAUCCUGCAAGCCCUACCAAAAGGUUGCGUGAUUCAGACCGAAGCUUCACUCACCGGUGGUUGUUCCAAUCGACUGUCACAGGCCAACCUGGAUGAGGUCAAUGUGAAUUUUCAAAGUUCAUGGGCAACGGCAGGUGAACAUGAUAUCCCGGUCAAUAUCAAACGAUUCCCGAUUCAUGAUAUUAAAUCUCUAAUCGAAGACGAAAUAAAGCCAAACAACCAGGGAAUUGUCUCGCUAGAUCUCCCGAACUUGCCCAUUCAAGUCUUACCUGCUAGCAAAACUGUCAGAUUCUCAAAGAAUAAGACCUAUUGGUUGAUAGGCUUGACGAGCGGGCUCGGGCUCUCCAUCUGUGAAUGGAUGGUUCGACAAGGUGCCAGAUACAUCGCUUUAUCCAGUCGCAAUCCAACCUUGGACAAGAACUGGAUUGGUUCAAUGGCUUGUCGUGGAUGCACCAUUCGAGCGUUGCCAGCUGAUGUAACUGAUCGUAACUCCAUCCAUGAAUCCUAUCAGCUUAUAACGGAAACCAUGCCCCCAGUGGGUGGUGUUGCUCAAGGCGCGAUGGUGCUGGAAGACACCAUGUUCUUCGAUCUAGACCUUCCUCGUUUCGAAAAUGUACUUCGCCCCAAGGUCCAAGGCACUCUCUUGCUCGAUGAAAUUUUCAAGGACAAUAUUUUGGACUUUAUGAUAUUCCUCUCUUCUAUGGCCUCAAUCACGGGAAAUCCCGGCCAGGUGGCGUAUAAUGCUGCAAACAUGUUUAUGGCUAGCUUGGCUGCACAACGACGACAGCGCGGUCUUGCCACACAUGCUAUUAAUCUUGGCGCCAUUGUAGGAAACGGAUACGUUACACGAGAACUCAGCAUUGACCAGCAGUCCUACCUUUAUAGAACUGGGCAUAAUUGGAUGUCUGAACAGGAUUUUCACGAGACUUUUGCAGAAGGUGUUAUUUCAUGUCUGCAUGGGGCAAGGGAUGCUGAUCCCUGUAGUAGCCUCAGAAUUGACGAUGACCAAUCGAAGAAGUGGUAUAUGAAUCCCAUGUUCCAACAUCUGGUGUCUAGAAGAGACCCUUUGAUUGCUGGUGAAAGGAAAGGAAAAUCUGGACUUGCCCUCAAAACACAACUUAUCAACUCAUCAUCCCAGUUUGAAGCGAUGGAGAUAUUGCAAGGUGCCUUUGCCAUCAAACUACAAUCAGCUCUCCAGACUGAUCCAAGCAAAUCAGUUGUCUACAUGAGCCCGGAUGAACUGGGAGUUGACUCACUGGUGGCUGUGGAUAUCCGCUCAUGGUUUCUUAAGGAGUUAGGCCUCGAUAUUCCCGUGCUGAAGAUCUUCAAUGCAGCUUCUAUCCGAGAAUUAUUAGAAUUUUCCUUUGCCAUUCUACCCAAAUCUACUGGUCCGAAUUCUCUUCCAGAAGUGUCUCGGGAGGCCGAGCAAGCUUAUCCCGGUUCCAAUGGGCGGGCCGAACGAGCCACAGGUCCGGUUAAAGAAGAUGAAAUUGACGUCACCGGUGCGACUAACACGGUCGAUGUGAUUAAUGAAGAUUGGGCUGAACAUGAAAAAACAUUCAACAUCGAUUAUCCAUCAAAUGGUGAAACCGAAAGCGCAGGGUUUUGGUUCCUGACAAACUUUGUUCAGCACAAAACCGCCUUCAAUGUCACUCCGGUGUUUGAGUUGAGAGGAAGGUUCUCUAUCGAUCGCUUCACGAAGGCGGUCCGCAAAGUCUCUCAGCAUCAUGAGGCACUGAGGACAUUCUUCUUUGUUGAUAGCGCCCAGCGGCCCAUGCAAGGAGUCUGGGAUACUCCAAAGCUUCACCUCGAGCAUAACAACAUCAAUCACGAAAUAGAGGCCCAGGUAGCCGCAAACGAAAUGGGCACAUAUACUUUCGACCUUGCCGAAGGGGAUGUUAUUCGCAUAAAGGUGCUUUCCCUGGGUCUUGACCGGCAUUGGAUCAUUUUCGGCUUCCACCAUAUUAUCAUGGAUGGUAUCAGCUUUGAGAUUUUUUCGUCUGAUCUCGAAACAGCUUACAAUGGAACUGCAUUGUCGCCUGUUGUUCAAUACCCAGAUUUUGCCAUGCAGCAACUUCAAUAUCUUGAACAUGGUGAAUAUCAAGUCGAGCCAAGAUAUUGGAAGAGGCAAUUUCCGGAAGUCCCAGCCCCUAUUCCGUUACUUCCAUUUUCUCUACGAUCUGAUCGACCUAUGGUUGUCGGUUUCAGCUCGCAUAUGGCUCAGUUAAGUCUCAGUACCGCCUUGGCGAAGGAUAUUGAGAGAUGCUGUCGCAAAUUCAGAGUAACGCCCUUUCACUUCCAUCUUGCAACAUGGCAGAUAUUUCUACUGCGCCAUCUAGACCUUGAUAAGAUAUGCGUUGGGCUUGGAGAUGGCAAUCGCACACACCCUGAUGUGAUGCAGACGGUGGGACUUUUCCUAAAUACUCUUCCUCUUCAAUUCGAAAAUCAACCAGCUCAGACAUUUGGCCAAGUUGUGAAGCAUACAAAGGUCGUUUCUCAAAAUGCUUUCGCAAAUGCUCGCAUUCCAUUUGACGCUAUACUCGAUGAGCUAAAGGUUCAUCGCUCAGCUUCAUACAAUCCACUGUUUCAAACUUUUUUCAACUUCCGGCAGAACCUUGAAGUCUCGCGGAGUUUUUGCGGCUGUACUGCUCAGGCCUCGCUUAUAAGUCCAGGGGAUACUUCCUACGAUCUCCAACUGGACGUGAGCACCUCUAACAAUGGAGAUACAUCGAAUGUGGCGAUCAAGGAGUCAAGUGGUGAUGAGCUCACUUACUUGAAGUUCCAACAGCGCAUCGCCAUGAUUUCAAAAAAGAUGUUAGAUUCCGGCGUCCAUCAAGGUGCUCGGAUUGCUGUGUUGCUAUCUCCGACUUCAGACUGGAUUUGCACAAUUUUUGCCAUUCUGCGUAUUGGUGCUAUAUACAUUCCACUCGACAGAAAGCUGGGCUUAGCUCGACUAGCCUAUAUUGUUUCGGAUUCAAACCCACUUGCUGUUAUACUCGACUCGACCACUGCUUCCGACAUCCCAGGGCUCAAAACUGAAGCCCAAUGCAUCGACAUAACGAAACUACCCAUCGUCACCGGAGAUCCUCCACCAAAUGUCGCGGCGCCAGAUCAGUCCGCUAUAAUAAUGUACACAAGUGGCUCUACGGGAACCCCCAAGGGAAUUCUGAUCCAGCAUUCGGCAUACAUACACCACAUACAGGCAUUCUGUGCGGUAUGGGACAUCGGAGAAGCUAAAGAAACAAUCCUCCAACAGUCCUCAUAUGCAUGGGACAUGUCCAUUUACCAAGUAUUUGUUUGUGCUUGUAGUGGUGGAAUUUUGGUCGUCGCCGACAGCAUUUCCCGGGGAGACCCCUUUGCUAUUUCGCACAUAAUUUCCUCCCGGGGAAUUACGAUAACUUUUGCCACUCCAACUGAAUAUCUAACCUGGCUUCAACAUGGUCGGCAGAACUUGCGAGAAUCUCGCCUGAAGAAAGCAGUCUCUGGAGGCGAGUUCAUAUCAGCUAGUCUUACCCGAGAGUUUCAAUCCUUGAACAAAAAGGAUCUCAAGUUGAUAAAUGUUUACGGCCCAGCGGAAACAACCCUGUCGUGCAGCUCCGCCGAAGUCUUUUAUAUGGAAGCAUAUCAAAAGCUUCAGAAGCCUCAGUUUGGUCUUCGUACACUGCCAAAUUAUUCCAUAUUUGUCGUGGACCACAACCUCAAUCCUGUCCCUCUUGGCAUUCCGGGUGAGGUGGUUGUUGGCGGACUCGGCAUCGCGCGAGGGUAUUUGGAUUCCAAUCAGACAAAGGAAAGAUUUUUUGUUGAUGUCCAUGCGAGUCCAUUUUUCAAGAGCAAUGAUUGGACCGUCGUUCACCGAACUGGCGAUCGCGGUAUGUUGACGAAACAAGAUGGUCUCAUUCUGAUGGGCCGUAUAUCUGGUGACAAUCAAAUCAAAUUGGGUGGAAUUCGCAUUAAUGUCGAAGAGAUUGAAAAGGCAAUCUUGGACAUUUCAGAAGGUACCAUAUCACAGGCAGUGAUUUCUCCUCGACAUGCUGAGCCGCAUUCCGGUGACCAAGAGCUAAUAUUGGUGGCCUUUGUCGUAAUGAACAGCGUUACUGAAAAUGCUGAUGGGUUUCUGGAGGCUCUAGUUCAAGAUCUACCUCUUCCGCCAUUUAUGCGCCCGGUUGCAAUUAUUCCUGUUGGCUCACUUCCUCAGAACGCCUCUUGCAAAGUAGAUCGAUCUGCAGUUAACAAACUUCCUUUGCCAAAUAUCGUUUCAAGUCCCAGAGCUAGUGUGGAUCCCUUGCCUCUAGAGACUUUACUGCGCCAACUUUGGAAAGAGGCCAUACCAGGAACAGUCUUCUCUCUUUACUCAGUUGAUUCUGAAUCGGAUUUUUUCCAUGUCGGAGGAACUUCAUUGUCUCUUGUUUCUCUUCAGUCACUUAUAAAUCGGCACCUGGGGCUCCUCGUUGCUCUUCACCGGUUAUUUGAGGCGAGUACUUUACAAGGAAUGGCAAGGAGCCUUGAGAGGCUAUCCUCACAGAGUUCGUAUGAAUCUGUUGACUGGGAAGCUGAGGUUCAGCAUCUUGUCCUUGGUGUUACUUCUGAUGAAGGCAAUGACAUAGACUCCGGCAAUUCUCCCGCCGGAACUGAUGUCGUGGUUCUUACUGGUGCAACAGGCUUUAUUGGAAGGGAAAUUUUGAAACAGCUGUUGAAAUCUGACACAGUUCACGCUGUGCAUUGUAUUGCAGUACGAAAGCCGAAAGACAAGUUGCCAACCAUUCUUCAGCAUCCAAAAGUCCAAAUGUACCAUGGUGAUUUGGGUUCUCCUCGACUUGGCUUAUCAGUUGCCGAUGCGGCGAUGAUAUUUCACAUUGCCGACAUAGUUAUUCAUAAUGGGGCCGAUGUUUCUUUCAUGAAGACCUAUCAAUCGCUUAAACUGAUCAAUGUCGCCUCCACUCAAGAGCUCAUCAAACUUGUCCUUCCAAGAAAAAUCCCUUUUCAUUUUGUCUCUUCGGCAAGCGUUACUCGCUUAGCUUCACAGGAGAUAUUCACCGAGGCUUCGGUUGCUCAAUAUCCUCCACCAAACCAUUCUGAUGAUGGAUACACUGCAAUGAAAUGGGUCAGUGAAGUAUUCCUCGAACGGAUAAGUCAUCAAUUCAAUUUAGAUGUCUUCAUCCACCGGCCCUCGAGUGUCAUGGGGGAUGGCGCCCCUGAUCUCGAUCUUAUGAGAAAUGUUAUUGAAUAUUGCCAAAGGACAAAGGUGAUUCCGGACCUGAAUUCCUGGUCGGGUACCUUUGACUUAAUUUCCGUUGAGUCAGUGGGUGCAACAAUCAUCGAAGCUGUCCUUGUGUCUGGUAAAGACACAUCUGGUGCAAAUGCAGGGAAAGUUCGUUAUAUUCAUGAGUGCGGCGAAGUUCAAUUAGCCCCGGAUGAAGUCAGAUCGUUCCUGGAAUUCAGGACAGGGGAGAACUUCAAAGAGGUAUCCCUUGGUGAUUGGGUCGAAUGUGCCGAGGAGGCCGGAAUGAACACUCUGGUUGGUCUUUACUUGCGAAAAUCUCCUGAUGGGCUGGCCCUGUUGCCAAGAUUGACCAAAGUGGGUGCAUAA